GCGUAUGACGGUGUCACGUUUUAAUCACCGGCCUAGCUAGAUUUGACGAGAUCGAGAUCAUCUGGACUUGCUACAUCAUACAUGUUUCGAGCUCUGAUUACCCGACGAAAUAUGCAGAUGGCAACGGGAGUUGCGAGCUCGGCUCGGAACGACUGGCUUCCAGAGACGGAACAAUUGUACUCCCGACUCCGAGCCCAGGCAGACAGAGAUGGAUGGGUGCAAGUGAGGAACACUACCACGGACCCCAGACCGUCCCGGUCUGUGUUUUCCAGGAUCGCAACGGCAAACGGGCCCGUAAUGCAGUACGCCUUGUUUCUGCAGAAAGACGAGAGGAAACUGAUGGGAGUUUGUCAAUUUGGAGAGGAAGCCCAAGGGCCCCCAGGAUUUGCCCAUGGUGGUGCCCUUGCCACAAUGCAUGAUGCCAUCACUGGAGUACUGGUCGAUAAAUCAAUGGAGAAGCCCAUAGUCACAGCCUCACUAACAACAAACUAUAGGAGACCCACUCCUUUGAUGACUGCUGUUCAGAUGGAGGCGCACGUUGACAAAAUAGAAGGCAAAAGGAUUUAUACAAAAUCUUCUUUUAAAAGUCCUGAUGGGGCCACACUCUAUUCUGAUUGCUCUGCCUUGUUUGUAAAUAUUGAAGACAAACUGCGUGCCUUGAAAGAAAAGUCUGAUUCAACUUUAUGAUGAAUCAGUGUUUAGGCUUCUGUAUAUUUAUAUAGUCGGAUAUUGCAAUGAAUUUUAAAUGCGUGAUUUGAACUUUGUUUUCAACUUUGUAGGGCGCAAAGGUUUUUAUAUUUCAAAUAGCUGCUGUCAACUUUUGGAUGAAAUACAGGGUCCAGGCUCAGCUGUGCCUGGACGUGUUUGCAUUAACAUCAGUUAAGUUAAUCCUCCAGACUUUAGUGAUAUAAUUGGUAAAAAGUAAUUGGUUUUAACUCUCUAACAUUACUAUUGUUUGUAUAACAAAGAGUUUAUUGAAUUGGACCCCCUAUCUGUAAUUGUAUGAUUACAUCUCUUGAUCAAACUGUGUUUACCUCAGGUACACAUUUUCUUAGAAUCUGUAAUUAGCUCAACUUAUGUUUCUAGUUGUUAAAGGGAAGAUACAGCAUUUGCAAACAUCAAAAUACUAAAUGAUCAAACUAUCACGAAAUAGCUUACUGGAUUGUUAGGUCAGCUGACCAGCGUUGGAAAAAAAUGUUUGGUUUUUUUUCAAAACUGCUCCUAAUUUUUCAUAUUUAGUUAUUCCGCAUUUACUUUGCAAUGGAUUACACACCUGUGAAGGGGUACGAGCAUGCUAGAUUGAUUCUCGAACCUUACAAUUCCCAAAGUCUAUUAAUUGCUCUGUUUCAUCUUUAGUUGGGAACCAGACUACAAGAACAUGAUUGGUUUUCUUGGUAUGGGUUUUCCAGCAUCUACAAGCCCAAAAUGUCAAACAAGUCAGUUUAACAAUACAUGUAUUUGCUGUAACACACCAAAGGCAAACAAUAUUAUAGUUCAGAAUUUUAUAAGCUUCCUUAAUAAAUGAAAGAAAGAUAUUUUUUAAAUAUAGAAAUGUGUAUACCUUUAAUUUUUCUGUCAUCUGAAUUGGUUGCAUUUAUUACAAACAAAUAAUAAAAUCAUCUUGUUUGCACA